AUGGGUGUCGACCAAAGCUGCUUGUUAUUUCGAUCCAGGAGCUUAAAGGUGUCCUCGGCCAAGCCCGUCUGGCCGAUGAUGGUGCCGACUUGGAAAUUGAACUGGUUCGCAUCGUACGCCGCCGUCUCGUGCCAGACAUUCUUGGUACUCAUGCGUCAGAUUCAACGGCCUCUCUAA